AUGGUUAUUCACCAGGACAAUCACGCGGAAAUGCACGAAUCAGGUUCUCUGGAAUAUCGGAAGCAGAAAAAGGUCGCGUUUGCCGCCGUUGAGGUGCGAGAGGAGGUCUCUUCCACACAAUGUCCGCUUACCCUUCCGACCACGAGAGUGCCCAUGGAGUCGAACGAGCCGCAACGGCACCGAAGCAAUAGCGAUGGCUGCGAUGAGCCGUCCAGAUGCAUCGAGAGCCUGCCCGCCGAGAUCCAGCGGCACAUUAUGCUCUGCCUUCCUAGUCUAGGAUCUCUUGGCGCUUGUAUCCUGUCCUCGCCGGUAUUUUAUUCACUGUUCCAAAGUGAGCCCAAGAACUACAUUGCAAAUUGUUUGAUAAAUAUACUCGGGGACACCUUCGUCGAUGCGAGCACAGCACGGGCUGCCAUUCAGGACAGCUUCCAGCAAGCUCGCUGCGCCGCCAUGAAAGCAGGCCACGAAACGAGGAUAAUAUGGCCGUUUCUGGAGACAUACCGGGAACAUGUGCAGCAUCUGUCAUGCAAAGACUGGAUUCACUCUAUUUCUUUACCGGAAGCCGUUGAGAUGGCCACGUUCCAAACAUCAAUAGUCGAGCCGCUCGUCGACGAAUAUGCAUGCUGGGCCCUGGCAAACCUGAGCACAUCGGCCAAAGCGAUGGAGCUCAGCAAGAUUGAGCGCAUACGCAUUCAAAGAGCGAUGUAUCGCUUCCAAAUUGUGUGUGACGUCUUUGGGAAUAAGCUCGAAGGCAACAAUAUGGCGAAUCAGCGACUAAGACAACUGGGCUGUCUCAGGUUCCUUGCAGGUUAUGACCCUUGGGAGAUUGAGGAAAUGCUUUGCAUCAAUGCCUUCUUCCAGCAGCAAUACCAGAAGAGACUUUUGGAAGUCUCUGGGGAUCUCGAUCCCGUUGUCUGGGGAUCCCCCGGGGAGCCUGGAGAGGAGAUUAGUCCCGUGCGACUUCACAUGAGAUCAAGCUCACGAAAUUUCCUCGUGAGCCAAGGCCUGCCGCUUAUGGCGUCCGUAUUGCGCAUCCGAGACCGCGAAGAGCUCGCGGCUACCCUGCGCGCCAACAUGGACUCGGGCUACCGCGUGUGGCACAUGUGGCUCGACGAUGUCACUGGGAACACGGACAUGAACGAGAGAUGGGAGAGGUCGUAUUCGGAGCGAGACCUCGCCCAGGACGAACAGCGCCCGAUACCCUUUCGUGGGGACAGCCCAGAUUCACCACCGCUGGCAUGGGUUCUUAUCUGGGGCGAGACCUACAGCAACUUAUUUGGCAUUUUUAUUCCGAAGCCGCUACAUCUUUGGGGUUACAUUAUGUGGGAUGCACGCCGCAUGGAGGAGACGGGUGCUAGAGAGAGGCUGAUGCGUGAGUGGGAUGAUAUGUGGCAAGGGGGUGACUAUAGGGAUACUCUGAGGGCUUGGAAUAACGCCUGGAAUAACAGAGGAUGAUGGGGUUUGUGAUGUGGGCAUAUUGGGGGACAACACUACAUAGACUGGAUAUAAGCAAUGAGCCCAGGUGUAUGGCGAGUUAGGUAGAAUUCAUGGAUCACGAUAUGUAAAGACUUCUGAUCUACA